AUGGCUGUGAGCGUACUGGGCAAGAGGACCCGAGGGCUUCCUGACCUCAAGGAGCAGCAACUGCCCAAUACCAGACGCUGCACAAGGCGCACUAGGAGCUUCCAGCAAGGCAAUGACGAGAACGAGGACCCCGAGACCACAAUCGACAUCGAGGCAGAGGCCGAUGACCAGUCGGAUUCGGAGGAAGUCGCUUUCUUCAGCCCAUCCGUGACCCGCACGCCGUCUGCACGCCGUACCAGAGACAUCUUCAAAUUCGAGGCAUCAGACUAUCAUGCCAAGGCUCCCAUAACGCCUUCCACCCCUCGUCACCGGGAUGUCUUCGCCAAAGUGCCCGUUACCCCUCGACACAGGGUCAUGUCUGUGGGCAAGCUGUCCCGUCGGAUGACACCCAAGACCCCCCAGACACCUUCAACAUCGCAGACCAUCUACCACCAAGCUCGACAACUCUUCUCACGGAGCGCCGACCCCGGUCAGCUCAUAGGGAGAGAAGAAGAGAGAAACACGCUGCGCAGUUUUCUUGAGCGCAGCGACUCGUCUCAGCCCUACGGCUGCCUCUACGUCAGUGGGCCACCAGGAACUGGUAAGAGCGCCAUGGUCAACGAGGUUUCCAACGAAUUGGUCGCCGAGUCAUCGACAGUUCGCAAAGCCUACGUCAACUGCAUGAGCAUCAAGUCGUCGAAGGAUCUCUAUUUCACCCUAUUGGAAUCGUUGUGUGACGAGACCGAGAUGACCGAGGAGGAUGCCACUACGAUGCUGCAAAAGAUGUUUGUCCCGAAAAAGAAAUCGUCGAGCGUGUACGUUGUGGUACUGGACGAGAUCGACCACAUCCUGUCUCUUGACCUCGAAAGUCUCUACAAGGUAUUCGAAUGGUCGUUGCAGAAGUCUUCCCGCCUUCUCCUGGUCGGCAUCGCCAACGCACUGGACCUCACAGACCGCUUCCUCCCGCGUCUCAAGUCACGAAACCUCAAGCCUGAACUUCUGCCAUUUCUGCCAUAUACCGCGGUGCAAGUUAAGACGAUCAUCACAAAGCGCUUGAAGAGUCUCCUUCCGAGCGACAAAGCUGCCUCGGACUUUCUUCCAUUCUUCCAUCCCGCCGCUAUUGAGCUGUGCUCCCGCAAGGUGUCCAGCCAAACUGGUGAUCUGCGUAAGGCCUUCGAGGUCUGCCGACGGGCCUUGGACCUGGUCGAGAAUGAGACACGCCUGAAUGAGGAGAUUGAUGCAAAGGACCAGAUUCUACAGAUGACACCUUCACGGAAAGUUCUGGGAGAGAUGAAGAACGAGACAUCGCCAGGAAAGAAGACUGGAAGAAGUGUUUCGUCUAUUGUGUCCAGCUCUCUGCGCUCUCUCACAGUCGAGACAGCACCACGCGUCAGCAUUGCUCACCUCAACAAAGUGACGGCGGCGGCCUUCAGCAAUGGUGCCAACCAGCGCCUCAAGACGCUGAACCUGCAGCAGAAGGCCGCCCUGUGUGCCCUGCACGCACUUGAGAGACGAAAUCGCGAAGCCUUUCAAAACAGCGCAUCUGGCAUAGCUGGCAAAUCUCCUAGGACGCCAUCGAAAUCCAAUGUCACGGCGCCUACUAUCAAGACGCUGUUCGACACAUAUGCUCUUCUCUGCAAGCGAUCCGACGCGGUGGCGCUGCACCCACUUUCCAGCUCCGAAUUUCGGGAAGUCGUGGGCAGCCUGGAGACCUUGUCUCUUGUUGCCGCCGUUGACGGGAAGAACGGAUCUUUCGUCGCCGGGUCACAGCCAGGUACCCCAAGUGGCAGGAAAGGCGGAAGGAAAGCCGCUUUUGUGGGCGGUACUGCAGACGACAAGAGGGUGGCCAGCUGCGUCGGAGACAGAGAAAUCAAUCAGGCUGUCGACGGGCUCGGGGCUGAUAUCCUGAGGAGCAUACUGAGCGGAGAAGCUCUAGACUGA